GCCGCUCAUUUCGAGAACGAAACUCUAUUUGUACCGUCGCCGUCGGAUUGGAGGUGGUUUUCAGUUUCGUGUUUCCGACUACCGCUGCAAUCAAAAGCUGAAAUUAUAUUCGAAUUUGGCAUUAGUAACCCAUAAAUCUGAUCGGCAGUGCUGGGCACCAGGGGUUUUCUCUCAUUGGGACUGCGGUUACGUGACAGGUGUUGCAAUGAGCCACUGAGGAGCCAACGAGUUCGGCGAUUUAAAGCUAGAUAUUAAAGAACUUCUUCACUAAAGAAACAACCAUGGUCGAGAAGGCCUCAAAUGCGUUUACACUGGAAAAACUUCGGAAUCUGCAAUGGGAAAAGGUGUUUCAUAUGUUUUACAUCGAACCGGUUGUGUUCAUGCUGCUCUUCUCGCACACGCUAUCGGGCACCAUCCAGCGCAACCAGGUCAUCUACCAGACGUGCACCGUGAUUUUUCACUACAACGAGAGCGAUUGCAAGCAGCUGGAUGUGAAGAACGCCAGUGCGGAGAUUAAUGCCAUUGAGACGGAGCUGCAGCCGUAUGUGGCCAAUCUGUUCCUAGCCCGUACCCUACUAGAGAGUAUUGUUCCAGCCUUCUGCGGCCUGUUCAUCGGCUCCUGGUCGGAUCACUAUGGACGCAAACCCCUGCUUAUUGUUUCCAUGAUAGGAUUCUCAGCAUCCUUUCUAAUGAUGGCCGCCAUCUGCCAGUUGUCCAGCUACUAUGUGGUCAAUCCCUGGUGGUACAUCCUGGCUGCAGUGCCCCACUCCCUGCUCGGCGGCAAUUGCGUCUUCUCGGUGGCCGCCUUCUGCUUCAUCUCGGACAUCACAGAUUGCAAGUCACGCCCCUACCGCAUGAUCUUUAUGGAGUCGCUGUUCUUCAUUGGGCUGACAAGUGGAUCUCUGCUGUCCAGCUUUGUGUACGCAGCAGUAGGAUCGUCGGCGACCAUCGGUCUUUCCGGCUGCAUCGUUACCUUCGCAACGUUCUUCAUCGUCUUCUUUGUGCCGGAGAGCUUGCACUACCAUAAGGAACAGGAAACCAAGAAUGCGAUUGCUGCAAAUGGGGUAAAGGAGUGCAUCGAAAGCAAAGUGCCUAUUACCGCCUGUGACCUCCAGUUGGACCGCGUUGGGAUUGACUGUCCGCCGAACUUCAUGAAUGAUGAGGAGCCUGAGAAGGAGAAGAGGAUGGAGUUGCCCACACCGGCAACUCCUGCGAUGAGCUUCGACGACGAUCUGUUGGCAAAGUAUGUGGAGCGGCUGCCACAGAAGGCGGAGGAGAGUAAGCGCCAGGAGGCGGCUGAGCAGACCAAGAAGGCGGGUCUGUUCAGUAUGGUUCACAUCAGAGACAUGAUCAGCACCUGCUUCAAGCGACGGGAUCAUCACGCGCGCGCCGUCAUCUGGCUGGUUACCCUGGCCAUGUUUCUGUCUAUCUUUGUAUUUGAUGGAGUGAUGACAGUGAUGUACCUAUUCGUGCGCGAGAAAUUCCACUGGACUGUGCGGGACUACACCUUCUUCGAGACGGUCAGCCACCUGGUUCCCAUGAUUGGCGCACUCAUCGGGUUCCUUAUUCUGCGGAAGGUCUUUCGCCUGUCGGUUGUGACCCUGGCACUGCUUGCCUUCUUUUCCGAGAUUCUCAACAAUCUAGCUAAGGGAUUUGCAACGAUGCCCUGGCACAUGUACCUCUCGGUGACCCUGGGCGUCUUCCGCUCCAUCUCGGGCCCCAUGUGCCGGACAAUAGUAUCGAACAUAGUGCCUCCCUCGGAUCUGGGCAAGAUUUUCUCCAUCAAGAAUGUUUUGCAGUCGUUCGCACCGUUCGUGGCGGCACCCUUGUACACCCUCAUCUACAAGCGAUCGCUCACCACCUACCCGGGUCUGUUCAACUUCGUCAGCUCGUUCCUGUACCUGCUUUCGUUCGUGUUUAUCGGAUAUGUCUUGCGGAUCAAAUACAGGCACAAGCAGCACUACGCCAAGGUCCUCAAGUGAGCGGCGACCGCAAAAUUAGCACGUGAUCACCUCAACCAACCAAGCAAUAAAUUUUACAAGUGGAGCGAAUUUAAAGAUGCGAG